UGUUGUUAGGUUCGCCCCCUCAUGACCAUAAUCGUGGAAUCGUGGUCACUUGGACCACCUGAGAGACUCAAAAAGACUGCUGUUUCAACUUGCACCGUUUUAAAAAUAAUUUUUCUCGUGCUUGUGGCAGAUAUGUGCUCGCUUGUCGCUAAUUAUGAUUCUGACGAAGAGCAGCAACCAGGCGCGCCCAAAGGGUCUCAGAAUGAAAGUCGAAAAGUUACCGAAAACUCGAGCAGCGAGUUUGGAUGGAGCUUGAUGCAGGCUAAUGUACAACGAGACAUGGAAAUAAGUGAUGAUGACUCUCAAAGAGAAGAAGAAAUCAUACCAGCUAAGCAGUUGAGACGGAAAAAAAGGAUUGACUUUGCAACUUCUUCAAAUAGAUUUCUUCCUCCAAUUGCUGGGACACAAGUGGAAGAUAGUAAUCCUAAGACUGAGAGUUCCGUCACAACAAAUCAAAAAGAUAAACUUUUGAAUUUGCAAGCUGUUAUCCUUCCCUCCCACAGCUACACUACAAACAAUCAAGUUAUUGUGUCAAAAGGGUGUGACAAGGAAACCGAUCAAGAUAUUCAAUUAAAAUUGAAUGAAUGUCUUUGUAAACUAUCCAGUUUAAUCCAAAGAAACUGUGAUAACGUGGAGAAGGCUGCAGCUAUGCUAAUGAAACUGCAAGUGCUAAAAGAUGCGUGGCAUGCUGGAGCCUUGGACUGCACUUACUUCUGCAGUCAGUUGGACACAAUUUUGGAUGUUUUGCAACCGCACACGGCACCAAUCGCAACAGCAGUGAGCACACAAGUAGCACAACAGCCGCUUUUCCCCAUAACGAAGGACGAGGCGGACCAGCAUGAACACCCUGCUCUAGAGCCUUCGUGUCUGUAUCAACCUCCCCCUCCUCCACCACCUGAAGAAGAUUACCUGCCAGCCCCGCCUCCGCCGCCGCCGCCUCCAGAAGUGGAUGAGCACCUUGGACACGAGCUAGAUUCAUUUUACUCUGAAAUGGCUGGCAUCGAGGCAGCCUUUGAUCAGAAAAAGGAAGAUCUGUCCGCAGCUUCUGCCCCUGGAAAAGAAUUUAAUGAUGAAGUUGAUCCAUCAAAGGAAGAAAUUCCUCCAGAGCCAGUUGAGAUGGUCAACAAAAACAGAAGAGGCAAGAUAAGCUCAUCAGUCGGAAUGAAGAGAAAAAACGUAUCAUCGUUAAUGGAAAAAUGGAACAAAGUGAAGAAAGAGUGGAACGAUUGACGGGUGCAGCGUGGCUAAUUUUAUUUUAAUUUUGCAAAUAAAAGGAAUGAAUGAAUGAUGAUUAAAUACAACUAA